AAAAGUGCACUGACAAUGGAAUGAUGACGGACCACUGAGGGACCUAAAUUGACCUUAAUUGCCCAUAUUUUUGCGCCCUCAAGAGCUCUAAAAAACGCGCCAAAAACUUUAUAUCCGCCUUUUUCGGGGGAACUCGCAUUAAAAUAAUUAAUUGACCUCAACCCGCCCCCUACCGUUACAUCUAACACUUACAACCACUACAACUACAACAACCGACUACCUUUUUUCUUUUUCUUCUUGAUAGAUUAUCUAACUACUUACACUCCUUUUUAUCUCUUCGUGACGAUCCUUCUUCUCUAUCUCACUAUCUCUUCCCCCCACUAAGUAACUUAUACAUACUUCACUAUUACUGUAAUUCUGAGGUUUACUCUCAACUCUUAAUACUGCGCAUGACGUCCACCGUCAUGGCUGAUAACAUGACAUCCACCACGGACCUCCCGCCGCUCCCGGCCUAUGAGGUCGUCGUUGCGCCAGACCUAAUCUCAUGGUUCCCCGACUUCUACUUAUCAAUUAUCGCGCCUACACUCGCCUAUUGGGUUGUAUCCAUCUUCUUCCAUAUAAUCGACACCUACGAUUUCUUCCCCCAGUACCGUCUCCACACGCCCGCCGAAAUCUCUCAACGCAACAAGGUCACGCGAUACGAAGUUUUACGCGAUGUUAUCUUUCAACAGAUCAUCCAGGGCGUCAUGGCCGGUGUUCUGGGUAUGACCGAUCCGCCGCAAUAUAUGGGAAUGGAGGAAUAUGAUGUUGCCGUCUGGGCGACGAGGGUUCGCUUGGCACAAAGAGCUCUACCUGCCUUGUUAGGUGUGCUCGGACUGAAUGCUGCAACCAUUUCUAAGAACAUGGCUGUUUCGCAUCCACUCCUAGCUGGCGCUCUCUCUGGAGGACACUACCCCUUCCUCACCUCCGAGCUUGCCGGACCGGACGGAAUUCCUGUACCGGCUUUUGCCACUUGGGAGCUUAUAGUCGCUAAAGCUAUCUACCACCUUAUCAUCCCAGCCAUCCAGUUCUUCGUCGGUGUUACUGUUCUAGACACAUGGCAAUAUUUCCUCCACCGAUUGAUGCACCAGAACAAGUGGCUCUAUAACACCUUCCACGCGAGACAUCACCGACUCUACGUUCCCUAUGCUUAUGGCGCUCUGUACAACCACCCCGUUGAAGGUUUCCUUCUUGAUACAGCUGGUGCGGGUCUCGCGUAUAAGGUCGCGUUCAUGACUCCUCGACAAGGAAUGGUUUUCUGGGUUAUGUCUUCGAUCAAGACUGUCGACGACCACUGCGGAUACGCCCUACCAUGGGACCCUCUCCAGCACAUUACCUCGAACAACGCCGCCUACCACGAUAUCCACCACCAAAACUGGGGUAUCAAGACCAACUUUGCCCAGCCGUUCUUCACUUUCUGGGAUAGACUAUUGGGAACCAUGUGGCACGGUGACACCACACUAAAGUACGAACGAUCGAGAACCAAGGCUGAGGAGAAGGAAGCCUUGGAAUCGGAAACUAAGAAAGCCUCUACAAAGGCCCAAUAGGCCACCGUUAUACUCGCACCUGUUUCAUGCACACAUUCGUUGUAUCAUCCUAGGGACGUUCGUU